AUGCAUGAGGAAUUUCAUCAACAACAUCAUGGACAUGCAUCACAUUCUGCCGUGUAUAAUAAUCCUAAUAUUAAUUCAAAUUCACCUUUAUCAUCUGUGGAACCACAACCACUUCAGAAAUCACUUGGAAAUAAUUCAUUUAAAUAUGAUAACUUCAUCGAACAACAAUUUAUUAAAGAAAAAAUUAAUAAUAUUCGAAAAUAUUCUGGCAAUAAAUAUGAUGAUGUUGACGAAUGGUUACAGAAUAUUGGACAGGAUUUUUCUUCUACACUGGUCAGUGACGAAAUCAAAUUGAAACUUAUUCCGAAAAGUGUAACCAAUGAUGUUAAAAGUUGGUUCGAGCAAAACAAACAUCGACUUUUAUCAUGGCAAACUUUCACAAUGGAAAUCAAAAAUCGAUUUCAAUCAUCUUUGCAUACAGAUCAAAAAUUUAUCCGUCUUUGA